AUGGGUCACCACAGAGCGGAGAAAGAAGCUAGACUCGGCUUGGUCUCUUCAGCUGCUUCUUGUCUCAGAUUCGUGGUUGUCUCUACACUCCUUGUAUUGGCUUUAAUUCAUGAAGAAGCGAGAGUUGCUGGGGAAGCAGCCAUUAAUGAAGGACCUGACCAUCCCAACAGUCAAAACCCUAGCUCCUCCAGAAAGCUGCUUCAGUCAGAUGAUGAUGGAGGAGACAUGAACAGGAUUGGCUCGUCAUGCUCGAAGGACGACAUCGUAGUCUACCAGGGACAGACUUCUCCGAUGCCCCAGGGCAUCCCGAUGUUCACCGUCCAGAUCCUGAACGCGUGCGUCUCCGACUGCACCAUCUCCAACAUCCACGUCAGUUGCGGCUGGUUCAGCUCCGUCCGCCUUGUCAACCCCAGGGUCUUCCGCCGGGUGUACUACGACGACUGCCUCGUCAACGACGGCAAUUCCCUCGGCCCAGGGGAGAGCCUCUCGUUCCAGUACUCCAACAGCUUCCAGUACCCGUUGUCCGUCUCGUCCGCUGAAUGCGAGUAA